UGUCACCCACAUAGUUGCCAUCACAUAAACCAAAACUUAUUUGAUUCUGACCAAGUUUGUGGUGUUUAUAUAGAAAAAUCAUUUGGGACACAUGUGGAUCCCAACCAGACCCCAGCAGGACUCUACAUCUUGUAUUUAUGGUGAGCCGGCGGCCCUGUGAGGAUGGACCGCUGUUGGAGGAGCAGGAGACGGAGGGCCAGCGGCAGCUCCACAGCCUCUUACUGCAGCAGCUCCACACCGACAUCGACAUCGAUCGAUGUGUAGCCAAGAGGCAGUGCUUUGCCCCGGCAGCGCUCUACUGGCCGUUUGGGGAGCAGGCAGCAGGAGUGAGGAGCCUCUCCCAGUUCCAGGCCCUGCAGGACGGGGAGAAGGAGCUGGCCGGCCUGAGGGAGCUCGGCCUCACGGACACUGAGAUCCAGCUGUGGCAGAGCAGAGAUGUACCAGAGGCAACGGAGAAGCCUCACGGUGUCUGUGCAGCUCCGGGUGCAAAGCAGCAGCGUCUUCAGGUGAUCCGAGACAAGAUGGAAGCCCGGGCGGAGCUCCUGUCCCGCCCACAGCGCUUCGCCGCCAGCCGGCCGCUGUCCCGGCGGGAGAUGGAGAUCGAACAAGCGCUGUUUCAGGGCAACGACCGGCCGGGGUUCCUCACCGCUCUUUACCACCGAGAUGAAGAGAACCAGGAGAACCAGCAGGGGGCGUCCUCCUCUGACCCGAUGGAUUCUCUCUACAGAGACGUUCUCAGGUCGGAGAAACGAGCUUCACUGCAGAACUCUGAGGGAGAAUCACCUGCAGCAUCACACCUGAACACACACAGAACUGCUUCCAACCAAUCACAAGACUCACAGAAAGACGGCGACCAAUCAAAGGACGAUUCUGACCAUCAGUCAGAACCUCGGGAUGGAAGGAGUUCCUCGUCAGGCCAGUGUGGUUCAGAGGUUUCAGAGCAGCGGGACUCUGAGGACAGACCAGAACCUCCACCUGCUGCUCCAGCACAGAUUAACAUCAGCCAUCUGAUUGGACGUCUGAGUGGACCGACGAGGUCAGGCGGACCGCUGACCGUCAGAGGGGAGAUCAAGACGCUCACAGAUGAAGAAAUCCUGAAGAACCGUCAAUCUGAAGAGGAGAUCCGGAACAUCCCGAGGUUCCGAAACUACCAGCCGGGGAAACCCUCCAAGGUUGUGUGUGUGAAGAACCUGAGUGCACAGGCAUCGGUGGCCCAGCUGGUGGCGCUGUUCUCCAGGUUUGAGCGGCAGAACAGCCCCCCGGUGGUUUACCGCCUGCUGACGGGACGAAUGAAGGGUCAGGCCUUCAUAACGCUGCCGGAUGCUGAAACGGCCCAGAAUGCCUUGCAGUUGGUCCAUGGAUACCGGUUGCUAGGGAAACCUUUGGUGGUCGAGUUUGGCCGUGAACGAGAGGAAGAGGAGAAACAAAAGGAGAAGGAAGCGCAUGUAGAGGAGAAAUAAACACAAAAAAAAGUGUAUUUGUGACACAUCUCUCAGACGUGAUUAACAUUUUAUAUUAUUUAUUUUUCCUGGAUGAAAAAGGGAAAUAACUGCCAGUUUUGUAUUAAUACGUGUCUCCAAAAGCAGAGAUUCUUUAGAGCUGCAGUCACUUGUUUUCUCUCUAAACAUUUUACUGACAUGUUGAUGAGAACUAACAGACUAAAUAGGUUCAACAGAAACUCAGGAUUUAUUGGAGCUCAUUAAACAAUUUCAGGCAUCUAUUUUGUUUUAACAUGUUGAGACUAUUUCCUUUAUCUUUUAUUUACACGUUUCCUCUUAAAAUUAAUGUAGUCGUAUACUUUUUUUUCCCUCCAACAAUGUUCCUCCAGUUUUGAAUAAAAUAAGUAAUUUAAACAUAUUUAACUAGAAAUCCUGGAAUGUUUGCUAAAAGUCAGUUUCAACACUUUACUAAGAGAUAAUAAUAUAAAUGUAUAUAUUGAGAGAGGGUUAUAUUUCUUAACAUUUUAAAAAACCUGACUAAAUGAGGUCUGAUUUUUACCACAACAUUUGAAGACACUGAUGAAGUUUUUUUUUAAACUGAGCAGACAAUUAUAUUUAGAUGUGACAUUAUGAAUAAAUGAGCUCAGAUUUGAUUGUUUAGUUUCAUAAAUCACCACAGAAGAGACACAAAGUGCAGUUUACAGCUGGAUUAAUGCAAAUACAGUCAGACUGCUGCAGUUUAACACUUAGGUCAUGUAAAAUGUUUAUUAGUGGCUAAAUUCAGUGUUUUUCUUGUUUUGGACACUAGAUGGAGCCACUCAGUCUCUAAGCUAGGGACAGAAGAUUUAGAAUAGAGUAGAUCUUUACUGUCACUGUUCAGUGCUCUCCGAAUAGCAGCAUUAAAAAUAAACUAUAUAACACACCCUAAAAAAGCAUCAAUUUAUAUAUUCAUAUAUAUAUAUAUAUAUAUAUAUAUAUAUAUAUAUAUAUAUAUAUAUAUAUAUAUAUAGUACAAAAUAGGUAUAACUACAAUUCUAAAGUGACGUGCAAUGAGGCAUCAAUACUGUAUUAUUCAAUGCAAGUAUUUCUGACAAAUUGUCAAAUUUGGGGCUGUUUCGGACAAUUUUUGAAUGAACUUUGGACAGAUUUUGAGUACGUUUGCACACAUUACAAGUCAUUAUGACAACUUAGGGAAAUCUUUGACAUUUGAACUCACUUUCGACCAAUUUUGAGUGUUGUUUUGGACACAUUUUGAGUCAUUUUGGACAUUGUAAACUCACUUUCAAUUCAAUUUCAAGUCACUUUGGACCAACUUUGAGAAAUUGUUGACAUAUUUUGUGUCAUUUUGGGCAAAUUUCAGCAAAUUUCAGACAACUUUUGAGUGAUUUUACACAAUUUCGAACUCAUUCCAGAUCACCUUCAAGUUAUUUUUGACAAAUUUAAACAAAUCUGGAGCAAUUUUGAAAUUUGAUAAUUUGUGUCUGUGUGCAGAGGAAGAAUAAAAACACAUUUCAUCUACUUUUUGCUAAAUGUAAUCAUGGAAACUGGACUUACAGUUCAUGCUGCUUUACACCAACGUUCUUCAAAUGGUUGAACUUCAGAUGAGGCAAUAACAGCACUAGUCCUGAAACAUAAAGACAGCCGAAGACAUCAUUAGCAUCAUCAUCAUCAUCAUCAUCACCAUUUAUCUUGUUCCUAAAACCUCCUAUAGCAGAGCAGACCAGAGUUUAAUCGCCCCAGCUCACCAGAAUUAUUCUCCUAAUCUCAGUAUGAUUGCGUCUUUGAUUUGCAGUUAAACAGAUUUUAUUCCAGAGCAAACAGCACACUAUUGUUGAUGCACACAGAAGGAAAAGGAGCGACUAUUAACAACUAAAGUCAGAAACAGAAUAGAAUUACAGCAUUUAACGCUCCUGUUGUCCUCAUUUAUGGCCACCAAAAAACAUUGUUUCCUUGUCAGAAAAAAAUCCAAAAAUUCAGAAAAAAAAAUCCCCAAAUUUAUAAAAAUUUGCAAAACCUUCAGGAAGAAAAUUCCACUAAUUCCUUCAAAGUUUCCCUUAAAAGUUUUAUUUUUUAAAAAAUACCCAAAUUUAGCAAGAAAAAAAAUGUAAAAAUAAAUAAAUAAAACUGUAAAUUUGAGUAUGAACUGUUACUACAAUAGGAAGCUUAAUCUAAAAAAAAUACAAUUUAGUUUAUAUAUAUGGGCUUUAUCUCCGGCAGCGGUAACAUUAACAUUGUUAAAGAUGUGUAUAAGUUGGUUCAGGUUGUUCAGUCAUGAUUUUUUUCAAGUUCUACACUUUAUUUUAAUAUAUACAGUUAUAUAAAAAGUUAUUUAUUAAUAAACAUUGUCAAAAUGUU